CUCUACGUUCGAUAUUCGAGUAAGUACGUAGCUAGAGCUCGACGUAAGAUUUUAUGGUCGAGGGAAAAAUGUCGUCCAAAAGUGCGCAGCAGGCAUCAGAUACGAGAACAGAAUUAGCGGAAUUGGUGAAGAGAAGAUCAGAAAUAGCUGAGACACUUGCAAAUCUUGAAAGGCAAAUCUAUGCAUUUGAAGGCAGCUACCUGGAAGACACAGCUUUGUAUGGCAACAUUAUAAGAGGAUGGGACAGAUAUCUAACAAAUAAGAGUACCAAUAGUAAGACAGACAAACGAAACAGAAAGUUCAAGGAAGCUGACAGGCUGUUUUCUAAAUCAAGUAUUACAUCUCAAGCAUCUCUUGGUCUCACAGAUUCACAGAAUGAAAGAAAACCAGAAACAAAGGAUUCUUCAAGCAAUGCGGAAGGCCCUGUGAUAAAACCUGACAAGGAUUCCACAGACGGUGGUGCUAGCAGUGAAAUUGUACCAGAGAUAAAAGAAAGACCUAUUAAUACCAAUCGUUCUGGAAAGCUGCACAAGAGCUCACAUGGACAUAAGAAAAGGAAAAACAAGAGCAGACACAGACUGGAAGGUCGCAUAAAGAAAAGUAGAAUGUCUACAGAGGACUUCUGAUUCCAUGGCUUGCUCCUCUCUUCUGCAUCAUCUACAUUUUAAGAUACAGGGUCGUAUCUGUAGGAGCCAUUUUCUCAACCCAUGGGGACGAAGAAUAUUAACUCUUGUUACUGUGACAUGUCUAUUAGAAGCUAAUGGAACAGGCGUCAAUCCUUUAAUGUUUUAACCAUUGAAGAAAAUGACUUAUUUGAAGACUUGUGUGAUCAGCUUUUAUCCUGUAAACUGGCAACAGUUUUUCUUUCUUUGCUACUUUCAUAUGAAUAAUAGUUGUGGUAAAAUGGAAAAGAUCACUGGCAGCCAUCAUAUUCUUUUUAGGAUAUUUCAGAAUAGAAAUGGUCCACUGUAUUAGAUUGCUAUUCCAUCGACAAAAAAUAACAAAUAACAGUUGUAGCUGUUGGUACUUUGUCCCAUACAUGCUAAUCUGUGUGUAGUGCAUGCGUCCUAUGAAAGAAUUAUUGUCAGUUUGAUAUUUGGCAAUUCCAUUGCUUCUCAAAUUUUUCAAAUACCAGUUCUUACUUGUAGGUGUGUUAUAAAUAGCCUUUCACACUCACGCAGAAGUAUUAUCCUCAAUUAUUCAAAUUCACAACAAAAUUCAAAUUUAUCUUUUGAUUUUACAUUUUAGAAAUAAAUGCUUAUUGAUGAAGUCAAAGUUAUCAAUUUUAAGAAAUCAGUGAAUUUUUAAAACUAAACAUUUUGUGCAUUUGACAAAAUUAGAUGUGCAUUAACCCUAAAACGACCAGAUGUUUUGCAUACCGGUAAUAUGUUAACAAUAUGAAUAGCUCAAGUUUGCACAUCUGUCAAGACCAAAUUUCAUGUCCACUUGCACGGGAUACAUGCCAAUUUGGGUGGGGAGUUCGUUCAGCCCAACCAUACUGCUCGUAAAUGGUUAAAGUGGAAUGUGUUAAAAAUUCUUUGAAGGUUUUGCAUUAUUUUUAGGUUGCUUGCAUCAAAAGUUAAUGUGCUAUUAAAACAAAAACAACUGACAAAGUGUGGUCAUUUUAUCUUGGCUAUCCAGGAAAUGAGAGUAGACUACAGUGAUAACAUAAAUGUAAAUAUUUCUUUCUUUGUAAAGUUGUACAUACAUGUACAUGUAGUAAGAAAUUGUAGAUAAUGUAAAGUGAUAUGUAUUAUUUUGUACAGAGUUUAAUAUGUAGCGCCUACCUUAAAAAUACUAUGGUAAAGUACAAUGGUUGCUGAUCAAUCGCAAAAUUUAAUAUUCCAAUCGUGAUUUAAAAACACAUGCACGUUUUGUUCCAAACACUGACCAGAACCCUGUAACAUGAAACUCAGUGAUUGGUCAUUUAGCUGAAUUUUCUGAUUGGUUGUACACAAUAAUUAAUGCAAUUGAUGUUAGAAAUAAGCCCUGAAACCAUUCAGAAGUGUUCUGUCAUAUUACCUGUUGCAUACAUUGUGUUUCUGGGCCCUACUCAUGAAUGUUUUUUUUCAAACUAAUGGGUGUUUCUGUUGUGGCAAACUAGUGAUGAUGCAUUUCAUUCAUUAGUGGAUA